GCAAGACACUUCCGGGCGUUUUCCAGCUGGCAGACAAGACGGCGGCGAGAAAACUUCAGCUCGGAGUUUAACUUUGUUUUUUUAACAAAAUGAAUCGUAUUUUUGGCAAGGGGAAACCCAAGGCUCCGCCGCCGAACCUCACGGACUGCAUCAAUACCGUGGAUUCCCGGGGUGAGUCAGUGGACAAGAAAAUUGCCAAACUGGACGCCGAGCUGGUCAAGUACAAGGACCAGAUGAAGAAGAUGAGAGACGGACCGUCAAAGAACAUGGUCAAACAGAAGGCCAUGAGGAUCCUGAAGCAGAAGAGAAUGUACGAGGGCCAGCGCGACAACCUCAUGCAGCAGUCGUUUAACAUGGAACAAACCAACUACACCAUUCAAACCCUUAAAGACACUCGAACCACAGUGGACGCCAUGCAGGUCGGCCUAAAAGACAUGAAGAAAGCGUACAAGCACAUCAAAAUUGAUAAAAUCGAGAACAUUCAAGAUCAGCUCGAGGACAUGAUGGAGGACGCCAACGACAUCCAGGACGCGCUGGGCCGGAGCUACGGCACGCCAGAGAUAGACGAGGACGACCUGGAAGCGGAACUGAGCGCCCUCGGAGACGAGUUCCUGAUGGACGACGACAGCUCCUACUUGGACGAAGCCUCUACGGUGCCGUCCAUCCCCGAAGGUCUACCCGGCUCAAAGACUACCAGGGAUGGCGUCUUGGUGGACGAGUUUGGACUUCCACAGAUUCCCGCUACAUAAGCAGAGUAGACAUGUAUCAUACGUUCCCGUUGUCUCUAUUUAUCCAGCUGACACUCCGUGCUUUGCACCCAACCAAAAACUGACAACUGCUUUAUUAUUCUUUUUAUAUUAAUCAAAAGUGGAACUCUUCUCUUUUCUUGCACAACACAAAUAAAUUGUAUUUUUCAAACAA